AUGGUGGAGGAAGCUGGAAAUCCCACCGAAAAAGAGGCAGAGCAAACUGAGCCUGAAAAAAAAGCUGCGGAUGCUGAAAUAAUGGUGGAGGAAGCUGGAAAUCCCACCGAAAAAGAGGCAGAGCAAACUGAGCCUGAAAAAGAAGCUGCGGAUGCUGAAAAAAUGGUGGAGAAAGCUGCAAAUCCCACCGAGCAAGUUGAGCCUGAAAAAGAGACUGCUGAAAAAAUGGUGGAGGAAGUAGAGAAGAAAAAAAAUGGUGAAAAAAGUCCCACCGAGAUACACUCUAAGCGCAUGCCUAAGGUGAAGGUCAUGGCAGUGAAGUAUGGCGUUCCCAGAUCUGCGACGUUAGAAAAAACCAGAGCUAAAGCUAUGGCUAAGAAAAGGGCUCAGAUUGCUGCUGCAGCUAGGAAGGCGAAGAAGGCUGAAAAGGCUGCUGCAGCUGAGACUGAUGGGGCUCCGACUGAUGGUGCAGCUAAGAAGAGGGGCAGACCAAGGAAGGCUGAGACUGAUGGGGCUCCGACUGAUGGUGCAGCUGAGAAGAGUAGCAGACCAAGUAAGGAAUCAGCUACUCUGGUAGCAUGUGCGCCAAGGGAGAAGAGAAAAUCUAAGUGGUUGCAGAGUCCCUUCACCGAGGGGAAGACUGAAGACAUUGAAGGGCCGACGAAAAAGUAUAAAACAAAGGCUUAG